UGGUGACAAGAAUGUAUAUCAGACACUUAUUUCACUUUAAAUUCUAAUUCAUCAUGUGUGAAACAUCUGAAGAGAGAACAUAUUACAUUAGAACUAGUCUUAUGUACACAGACCUGACAAGAGAGGUGUUAUUUAAAGUGUUCAAAUAUUUGAUAAAAAGUGAAGACAUUACAGGCUUUCUCUCAUCUCUAGAGCAGCAAAAUAAAUUGAGGGAACUUUUGAAAAGACAUGUCCUAAACGGACCUGACUAUAAUCUUGUUUCCAGUCAAGUUUUAAAUCUAGAGAGAUUCGAUAUUUCUCUUUUGGUAAGACUUAUACUAAAUUUGUGUAAAGACAAUAUACCAAAACCACAGCAUGAUUGGGAAACUAAACCACACCCAAAAGACGAAAGCCUUGGUGCUGAUCUUCUUCGAUUGAGAGAUGUCAGAAAUAAGAUAAUUGGUCAUCGAGCAGAUGCCAAAUUGUCAGAGGCAGAGUAUGAAAAGAUGUGGGCAAAAAUCAAAGCUAUCUUGUUGAGAGUGGUUGAAGUUGUUGACUCGCAGUCUAGUGAAAACUUUGAACGAAGAAUAAAUGAAUACAAAAGACUAAAUGUAGAUACAGAGAAUGCUAAAGUGAAGAGCUUACUGGAUGAGUUUCUCCACUACAAAACAGAAUGUGAUCACCUUCAAGAAAAGGUUAAAGAAUUGAGUAGAAGAUCAAAGGAAUUUCAGGAAUAUUUCAAAAUUACACCAGAGAGAUUUGUUCGUUACAUAAAACUUCUGUUUCAUGGAGGGCGUAUCGUGUUGUGCGGGAUACUGAAGGCAAAGCUGGGUGACCAGGACCUGUCAGAAUUUCUUGAAAGAAAGAAGGAAAGUCUGAUCAGAAAUAAUGAUGAGAAAUUUUACAUAUGCCUUUACGCACAAGAGUCUUGUUCAGACUAUAAGAACUGGGAUGUUUUUCUUCUGGCAUCUGUUCUUCUGCUUACCUGUGAUGAUGACCUUAGUCAAGAUGAAAUCAUGUAUAUCAAUCGCUUAAAAAGUGAUAGGGUAAACUAUGCUACCCUUGCGUUGCAGUCUCUAGAUCCAGAUGAUUUUCUUACAAUGUGGAUUGAUCUUAUCAAUUGUCUUUAUCAUCUUUCAAACAACAUUGCCAAAGAGGACAGACAACAAGUUAAAAAGCUUAUUGAACGAUAUAAGAAAAAAGACGAUGCAGGAAGUGAUGCUGAGGAGUAUUUAAAACAGCUAAGGGAAUCUGGUGUUGAAGUGAAAACAUUAGAAGAUGUCUACAAAGAAACUCUUGUGGAAUUGAAAGAUAUGCUGAACGAGUUGAAUCAAAAAGGUAUCAAGUUUAAACAAGAACAAGCUACCACUAAUGAGGCAUCAAGUGAAGAAGAAGAAACAAGUAUUCCACUCAAGUGUUCAUCUGUGGACGGAAUAAGAUCAGUACUAUCUGUGGCUAAACAGGAAACAACAACAAAUAGUCUAAAUAGAAUUACAGAACUGAUGUCAGCAGAGGUCAAUGAACCCGUAUCAAUAAAAAUGAUUCCUGAUAUGAUGGACUUUCGAAAUGUGUUUGAAGAAUCAGAUUCAGAAGGAUCAAGCUCUCCUGGUAGAAACGAAUUUGAGAUAACAAAGUGGGUUCCUUUUGAAAUAGAUGAAUUGGACAUGGAAGUUGACGAAAAGAACAUGGUGUCUGCAGCACAACAAUCAUAUGAAGAAAAAAUGAAGGAAUAUGCAAAAGAGCCAGAAGACAACAUUACAACACUUUCAGACACAUAUCAGGCCAUUAAUCUUAGACAGGAACGUAUAAAGGAUGUGAUAGUUGGUGAGAAAAGGGCAGAAAGCAAAUUAGGUAUGUCACAUUGCUUACUUGUUAUCAAUAAACAUGCUUUUUCAAUCUAA